GAGAAACAAUGUAUAAAUAAAGUCAUGACCACUCAACCCUACAGCCACAAUUGCAACAAGUUUGUUUCUGCCAGGAAAAAUUAUUUAUAAAAAGCAAAUUUGAUAGAUCUGUUAGCAAAAUUGGUGGAAAUGGAUGUUUUUUAUGUUGAAAUAAUUUCCAAUGAAACCAUCAAACCAUCUUCACCAACACCUUCCCACCUAAAAAUCUUCAAUCUCUCCCUUUUAGACCAGAUCACUCGUCCAUCUUAUACUCCAGUUACCAUCUUCUACUCCCCCAUCAUGAGUGAUGAUGACACCAAUCUCAAUGUCAACCAAUUAUUGCAUAAGCUCAAGGUUUCUCUCUCCGAAUGCUUGUCGAUCUUCUACCCACUUGCAGGGCGGAUUAAAGAUCAUCUCUUGGUUGAUUGUAACGAUGAGGGCGUUCUUUUUUCUCAAGCCAAAGUUGACUGUCAAUUGUCUGAAUUUCUGAAUCCCCCUGAUACCAGCUUACUUGCUCGCCUUCUUCCAGUAGUUGAAAUUUCAAUGGAGAGACAGAAUGAGGCGGUUCUUGUAGCUAUUCAAGUCAACGUAUUUACUUGUGGUGGAAUAUCUAUUGGCUUACACUUCUUGCACCGAAUCAUGGACGCAAGCACCCUACAGGCUUUCCUCAGUUGCUGGGCAGCCACGGCAACCGGGUCAUCCAAGGAUAGAGAAACAUACCCGGAUAUCAAUGCAGCCUCGUUCUUCCCUCCUCGAAGAGACUCGCAAACACAAGACGAUCAGGUAACAUUUUCGUUCAAACAAAAGUGGUUUCUGAACAAAGACGGAGUUUGGAAGAGAUUUGUAUUUGAUGCUGCAGCAAUAUCUGCCCUAAAAGCCAAGGUGGCUAGUGAAGCUGUGCCCAAUCCAACUCGGUUCCAAGUGGUGGCUAGCUUCAUAUGGAAAUCUGCUAUCUCUGCAUCUAAAGCAUUGGGCUCCCAAAAGCCGAGUGUAAUCAUGUUUCCAGUAAAUAUGCGACCAAAAAUGGUGCCGCCAAUGUCACAAAAUUCCAUUGGAAACAUUGUGUGGCACGCAACGGCACACCAUAGGGAAGAAUCAGUAGAGCUACGUAGCACGGUGGAUUUACUGAGAGGAGCGAUACAGAAAAUCAACGGUGACCACAUACAAAGUUUACAAGGAGACCAAAGGUUUGCAGUUGUGAGUGGAACUUUAGAUAAGUUGAGAAACAUGUAUUCAGAUGAAACACUGGAGCUAUAUAUAUGUAUUACUUGGUGUGGUUUAGGGUUCUAUGAUGUGGACUUUGGAUGGGGAAAGCCUAUCUGGGUUACUAAACCUGUUGAAGACAAAAUCAGCACAAUGUACCCAAAUGUCAUUGCUUUAAUGGAUUCCAAUUCAGGCGAUGGAAUUGAAGCGAUGAUGUUCUUGCCUGAAACUCAUAUGGCAAAACUGCUAUGUGAUGCAGAGUUCCUCAGUUUUGUCUCCAUCAACCCUACUAUUUCAGUUCCAUCGGCGCCCAAUUAACUAUGUUGAUGAAAACGUCAAAUAAUGACAUUGUCAAGCGCUGAAUUUGUUUCUUAAUUUCAAAUAUUCUUCUUCUGUUGUUCUUUUAUUUCGAGUAUGCUUUGUUUCUAUUUUUCAACACAGUAACUUGGAUCCGAUCUUGAGAUUUAAAUUGUAUGACAAUGUCAAGCCAUAAAUUUGUUCUUUUAUUUUCAGUUCUUUGGUUCCAAUUUUUCAACACUCAGACCUUGAAUUACAUCUUGAGAUUUUUAUAUUUUUUGAGAUUUUCAUAGAGUAAUGCCAAGGAUUAUGAAAAAAAAUAUCAUGAAAAUGAUCAUGAAAAAUUUUCUACCUUUAGAUUAUACAUACAAUAAAACAUUAUACACUAAUCAAAGGAUGAAAAAAUUUCAUAAUAUUUUUUUUCAUGAUCUCUAAUAUUAUUCAUUUUCAUAACCCUAUUUCCCCUCUUCGCUAAAAAUUAUAUUUAAUAACAGUAUUAUCUAUGUUACCUUGUUUCCUUGCUCAUUGCAAACACCACCUUCAGCUCAGGUGAGG